AUGAACGCCUUCUGGAUGAUGGCGUUCCUCUCGUCCGUCGCAGUACAUCGGGUGCACGGCCAAACCGCCAACAUUGUCGAAAUCAUAAUCCCAACGGUAUCCGUUCGACCCUCUCGUUCCCUCGAUCACACUUCACUUUUCAGAACGCACCGGCGGCAUCAACCACAUGCACAACGGUGCGUCAAUCUGAUAACAGACAGUUAACAAUGAAUCCAGUUGACAGGCCACGUGGCUCGCUUGGUCGGACUGGUCGACUUGUUCGGAAGAGUGUGGAUCGUGCGGAGUGCAACUGAGAACGCGGACGUGUCUGACGACAGACUCCACUUGCACUUGUUCGGGGCAAGCCAACUGGCUCAUGGCCUUUCUACGUCAACUAUUUCAGAAGUUCAACGGGGAUACAGUACUGCAAUCUGGACAUCUGCAGGUACCCGAAGACGACUUGCUGCAACAACUUCAAGGUGACUUCCUACCUCGGAAGGUUCGCGUGUCUCAACCAAACUGCUCUCACUACCACCGCGUAA